ACUUGCGAUUUCUUCCUCAGAAAUCAACAACUCAAUAGAUAAACCAAGAUGCCUCGCGCCAAACGAGCAAAACAGUACCGGAAGCUCAUGGAGCAAUUUUCCAUGGGCUUUGGUUUUCGUGAGCCGUAUCAAGUCUUAGUAGACGCCGACUUUAUUGCGGAAGGAAACAAAUGCAAAAUGGACCUGAUUCGCCGAUUGGAGGAUACACUACAUGGACAAGUCAAGCCGAUGAUUACCCAAUGCUCAAUGCGACACCUCUACGAACGAAAAUCAGAACCUGGAGUCCAAGCCGCAAUAGAACAAGCAAAGAGCACAUUCGAGCGACGACGAUGCGGUCAUCAUCCCGACGAGUAUCCGGAACCACUAAGUGCACUCGAAUGUAUGCAUUCAGUUGUCGAUCCAAAGGACAAUGGAGUGAAUAAGCAUCGCUACGUCUGUGCUAUCAACGAUGAUGAUGUUAGGUCAUACCUACGACAAGUAGCAGGAACUCCCUUAAUCUUCAUCAGGAGGUCAGUUAUGAUCAUGGAACCAAUGGCAACAGUUAGUGCGAAGAUCAGAUCAAAAGACGAGAGGAGCAAAUUCAGAGCAGAACUCAAAGCACCUGCCGCCAGAAAGAGGAAGAGAGACGAGGAUGAAGAUGACAGCGAUCAGGACGAUGAUGGAGAGCAAAAUACAUCAGGAACAAGAACAGCACAACAGCCUGAGAAGAAAAAGAAGAAACCUUUUGGUCGCAAAGAGCCUAACCCGUUAGCUGUCAAAAAGAAGAAGUCGAAAUCGAAACCAACAAACGACCAACAUUCUAAAGCAUCCGACGCGAAAGACGCGACCAGGGCAGAGGAGGCAGGACAAACGGAUGCACCGAAGCGAAAACGUAGACGAAAGCAUAAGAGCGGCACAAGUACUGAGAAUGCCACUACCUCUAAUGAUGCCGGUGUUGAGGUGGAUGCAUAGGUGUUGGGAUAGAUCUGAAAACUAAUUUGCAUCUAAGCAAAAUGGAGGGUCUGGCAUACAAAAUUGGCGUUUUCUUGCGAUCAUGAUGGGGAUCCUGCGCUUUGUAGUCUAAGCAUUUGAUACCAUAAUUUAAGGCUGCUUUUCGUGCUCCCCAAUUCUUUCCUCGCGAUAAGGAAAGAUCCUGCUCGCAGAAUUCGUGCCCGCCUCUUAGGUAGAUUCGCAACUAUUCCCAUUUACUCACCGUAUCUUUAUCGGUUCUAGCACUUAGGUAGCAAUAGAAGUCAAUAGGGGAGUUUUAUGGCAUGAUUUAGAGGGUUAGUGGGGUUUUACAGCUGUCAGAGGCCGCGAAUUAAGCCGUACUCAGCCUCAAUUACCACUAUCCGAUACGCUAGCAAGGAUACCUAGGUACAUUUACUGACGUAUUCAGGCGUAUUGAUUGUGGCUUUCCACC